UUUUGUUGUUGUGUGGAAGUGAAACCGCUCGAAAUGUUCUCUCUAACUCCAUCGCUCCGGCUUUUAGUUCCUCAAUGGAGACGGAGGAACAGCAACUUCUGGAUUUUUCUUCGUUCAACUCGGAAGAUUGGGUUAAUUUCUUGUGUGAAUUCUUCUUCCAUGAACGAUGAUUCAGUUUCAGUGCCGAAACAAGCACAGCUUGAUUAUGAUCCUUCCGAAGAGAUUUUUGGACUUGAAGUCGGUCCGCAGCCAAGGAAUGCUGCUGCUGAAGCAAACAGACCAAGUUCCUGGUUUGGUCCCAAUGGCCAAUAUAUCAGAGAGUUACCUUGCCCAAGUUGUAGGGGCAGGGGCUAUACUCCAUGUACAGAAUGUGGAAUAGAAAGAUCUAGAGUGGAUUGUUCACAAUGUAAUGGAAAGGGAAUAAUGACUUGUCAACAGUGCUUUGGAGAAUGUGUAAUAUGGGAAGAGUCACUUGAUGAGCAGCCAUGGGAGAAAGCUCGCUCUAAAUCUCCAUUCAAAGUGAAGGAAGAUGAUGAAGUAGACAAUUUGGAUAUAAAUUUAAAUGUGCCAAGAAAAUCAAAGCGUGUGUACCAAUCACCUCCUCCUGAAGUUGGAUUAAAGAUCAGCCGAUCACUACGGAGUCUCAAUGCAAAAACAGGAUUGUUUAGUAAACGCAUGAAGAUUAUCCAUCGUGAUCCUAAACUUCAUGCACAAAGGGUGGCUGCAAUCAAGAGAGUUAAAGGAACUCCUGCAGCAAGGAAGCAGGCAUCUGAAGCUUUGAAGGCUUUCUUUCGUGAUCCUGAGAACCGCCGUAAGAGAAGCAUUGCCAUGAAAGGAGUGAAAUUUUAUUGCAGUAACUGUGGACGAGAAGGGCAUAGAAAACACUACUGCCCUGAACUGGAUAGCUUCGUAGCUAAGAGAUACAAAUGUCAGUUGUGUGGAAAAAGAGGCCACAACCGUAGAACUUGUCAGAAGUCCAGGACAGGUGAACCAAAGAGUGGGAAUCAUCCAAGACAUCGCCACUGUAAGGUUUGUGGUCGAAGUGGCCAUAAUCGUAGGACAUGUCCCCAAGUGACUCAGGCGGCUUCAUCAGAGAAAGGGCAGCUGACUUCAAAGACCGGAUCUUAUACCUGUAGUUUAUGUCUUAGAAAAGGGCACAAUAUUAGGACAUGCCCCACUAGGAAGGACUCACAGGAAGACUUAACCCCCAAAAGUUCUUAAGGGGAACACUACUAUGGUCUUUCUUGUGGGGUCUACAUCUUUGAUAAAUUGAUACUUGUAAAAAUAUUGUUUUGAUGAAUGCAUGAACCACCAUUCUAUCA